CAGUCAUCCUCGGUCCGUUCGUAUAUCAUCACAUCGACGACUAAUAUCAACAUCAAUACCGCCCUCUCUCGAAGUCAAGUCUGCAAAAUCAAAUUCCUCACUCAGAACUAGGGGUUUCCCGCAAGACUUGCAGGAUUCUAAUUGCCCCAAUGGCCCUAAAUAAUGAAGAUAAUGGGCCUCCGGCACCCGCGUACUUCCCCACUUCCACGGCGUCACCACUGCACCCCCCGAAAGACCUCUACGCGCGCUUGAGAAGUCUGAGCGAAGAGAACGGCGACCUGGUCAAGAAAGAAGAAUUCGUCAUCCCGCCGCGCAGCGGGAAGGCGUGGAAAGUGGACAAGGGAUGCAUUUUCCGGCUUUCGACGCCCGAGGGGCCACAGGUCGGCGACCUCAACAUCUGGAACCAGCACAACCCGCGCGAGCGCUUCUGGGCCGCGCGCACGCGCCAGCUGCAGGCGAGCCAUGUGCGCGAGGGCGACCGCCUGUGGAGCUGUCUGCCGUACAUGCGGCCGCUGUGCGGGAUGCUGCGGGAUGCGUGUUUAGUGACAGAUGGAGCGGGAGGGGUGACGAAGUGGGGCGGCAGAUGCCAUGAUCUGCUGGGGACGCGGUGUGAUCCUUACGUAUCCACCAUGCUAACAUCCACCUCCUACGACUUCCACUGCCACUCGAACCUCGUGCGCGCCGUGCUGCCCUUCGGCCUCGCAGAGCACGACGUCCACGACGUGCUCAACGUGUUCCAGGUCACCGGGCUCGACGCCCAGGGGCGCUACUUCAUGGAGGCGAGUCCCGCGACGCGCGGCUCGUAUGUCGAUUUCUUCGCUGAGCAGGACUUGUUGUGCGCGCUGAGUACGUGUCCGGGGGGCGAUUUGAGCGCGUGGGGAUGGGGGCAGGCGGGGGAGGACGGGGGCGGAGGGGAAGAGGGGGAUGGUGAGGAGGAGGAGAGGAAGGGGAUGAAGAGCACGUGUCGUCCGAUUAAGGUCGAGGUGUGGGAGAUUAGUGAGGGCGUGAGAGAGGGUGUGCUGAGGGGGUGGGAGGAGCCGCGUGUUAGUGCGUAUCGGGGAUGCCAUGGGAUGAGGAUUCCGAGUGGGGAGGAUGCGUAGAGGGAGGGGGUUUUAUCUUUUGUGUUUAGAGUUGUGAGUGAGGGAGAAGAGGAAGAGGUUGAGAUGCGGGAGGUGGAGAGGUAAUAGGGCAGCUAGAAAUGCAUUAGCACCCGAUGCAUGCCGGAGGUUUAGACCUUCACUACCCUACCUAUCUACUGCAACAUAGCAUCCAGAUCCUCGCCCAGAAUCUCCUCUAC